AUGUUCUUCCACCUGAUGUGUGUGUCACUGCUGGGCCUGUGGUGUUGUCUCUCCAUAUCGACAGCAAGCGUUUCUUACCCAAAAACUCUGCCAUGCGAUGUUAGUGAGACCAGCAACGGGAGUGUGGUGAAGGUGGACUGCACUGAGAGAAGUCUCAAAGAUGUCCCCCUUGGCAUCCCCAGAGACACCACCAACCUGACGCUCACCAUCAACCAUAUUCCUAAAUUAAACUCCUCCUCCUUCCAAGGUCUGGAAAACCUGACAGAGAUUGACAUGAGGUGCAACUGUGUGCCCAUCAAAAUCGGCCCCAAGGACCGCAUGUGCACUCAGAGUGUGGCAAUAGAAGAAAAUACCUUCACCAGCCUGAGGAAUCUGCGAGCGUUGUAUUUAGACGGCAAUCAGCUCUACAGUAUACCUAAAGGCCUUCCUUCAAAUCUGAUCCUGCUGAGUUUGGAAGUCAAUCAUAUUUAUAGUAUUUCUAAAGCAAACCUCUCUGAGAUCAGAAAUAUUGAGAUGCUUUACCUCAGUCAAAACUGCUAUUAUCGUAACCCAUGUAAUGUUUCCUAUGAGAUAGAGGAUGGUGCGUUUUUGCAGCUUAAGAAUUUAACAUUGUUAUGUCUCAAGUCAAAUAACUUAUCCUUUAUUCCGCAUCAACUACCCACAGGUCUGAAAGAGUUGUAUCUCUACAACAAUAACAUUCAAAAAGUCACUGAUGAGGAUUUCAAAAACCUAACAAACCUUGAGAUUCUGGAUAUUAGCGGAAACUGCCCUCGAUGUUACAACGCUCCUUUCCCAUGCAACCCAUGCCCGAAUAAUUCACCGCUUAGUAUCAGCAAUACGGCUUUUAAAAUGUUGACAAAGCUAAAGACGCUCCGCCUGCACAGUAACUCUCUGACACGUGUGCCAUCCGAGUGGUUCGCCAGCACAAAGGAGCUCAAGGUGCUUGAUCUCUCAUCAAACUUUUUAGCAGGAGAGAUAGGAGUGACUGACUUCCCACAUUUCCUGGGCAAACUGGAAGAACUGGACCUUUCAUUUAACUAUGAGUUGCAGAGGUAUCCUCAAACACUGAGACUGAGCGGCAGUUUCUCUUCCCUCAAAUCCCUUAGAAUUCUCAGAAUCAAGGGCUUUGUGUUUCAGCAGCUAAAACCAGAGAGCAUUGCUCCUUUAAAACCUCUAACAAACUUGGAGGUUGUAGAUCUGGGUACAAACUUCAUUAAAAUGGCAAACCUUAGUAUUCUGAUGGAAUUAAAAAGCUUUAAAAUCAUCAGUCUGUCUGACAACAAAAUAUCCUCCCCCUCUGACGGCCAGGAAACUGUCGGUUUCUCUGAGGGAGAGCCCAUGCAAUGGUCUCCCAUGCUGGCUGCUGCUCAGUAUCAAAAUAAGGAAGUAAGAGAGAUUCAUUACUUCAGAUAUGAUGAAUAUGCACGCAGCUGCAAAUACAAAGAUAAAGAACUUGGAGUUAUUACAUCAUUUGUCAACAGGGAAUGCAGUCAGUUUGGCAAAACCCUGGAUGUGAGCAGAAACAACAUAUUCUUCUUGCAUUCAAGAUUUUUAAAUCUUGGAGAGCUGAGAUGUCUCAAUCUGUCUGGAAAUGCAAUGAGCCAAAGUCUGAAUGGCUCUGAAUUCACCAAUCUGAAAAAUUUACAAUAUCUGGACUUCUCCUCAAAUCGCCUGGACCUUCUCUACUCCACUGCGUUUCAAGAGCUGACAAAUCUGGUCAUCUUGGAUAUAAGUAGCAACAACCAUUAUUUUGAGUCUGAGGGCUUGACUCACAUGCUUAAUUUCACUAAAAAUUUGAAAAAUCUCAAGGUCUUGAUGAUGAACCACAACAAGAUCUCUACCACCACCAACACUGAGCUGGAGAGUCAGUCUCUAAAGAGGUUAGAGUUCAGGGAUAACCGGUUAGAUAUGUUGUGGAGAGAUGGGGACACCAGAUAUGUCAAUUAUUUCAAGAAGUUACUUAAUCUGACAGUUCUCGACAUCUCUCACAACAACCUCAAUUUCCUUCCACGGGAAGUGUUCAGGGGUCUGCCAGACAAACUGUCUGAGCUAUACAUGAAAAACAACAGACUAAAUUCCUUUGAGUGGCAGAAUCUACAAUUUCUGCAUUCUUUGCAAGUCUUAGAUCUCAGUGGAAACAGCUUAACUACUGUUCCAGACCUGCUGUCAAACUGUACCAGAUCUCUCAAAAAGCUAAUUUUACAUAAAAACCAAAUCCUAAAACUCACACCAGACUUCCUCAAAGAUGCCUACAACUUAAAAUAUCUAGAUCUUAGUUCUAACCACAUACAGCACAUUGACCAAUCUAGUUUUCCAGAUAAUGUUGUUAAUCAGAUGGAAAAACUGCUUCUGCACAACAACAGAUUCCUGUGCAGUUGCAGUGCCACUUGGUUCAUCACGUGGCUCAACAAGACCACAGUAACCAUCCCCAAACUGGCCACAGAUGUCUUGUGUGCCUCUCCCGGGGCACAAAGAGGUCAUCCAGUGAUCUCAGUGGACCUGCUCGCCUGCCAGCACAGCUACCUGUCAAUCAUCCUCUACACCCUCAUGACUUCCCUCAUCCUCAGCUUCCUCACCCUGUCCAUCUCAAGCCACCUCUUCCUGUGGGACGUCUGGUACAUCUACCACUUCUGCAGGGCCAAGAUCAAAGGUUAUAACCGCCUGUACUCCCAAAGCUCCGUCUAUGAUGCCUUUGUGAUCUAUGACAAGGACGACCCUGCAGUGACAGAGUGGGUGAUGAAGGAAAUGUGCGUCCACCUGGAGGACCGCGGAGACCGUCAUCUGACGCUGUGUCUCGAAGAACGGGACUGGAUCCCCGGAUGCCCCCUGAUCGACAACCUCUCCCAGAGCAUCCACAAGAGCAAGAGGACCGUGUUCAUUCUCACCAACAGAUAUAUUAAGAGUGGCAACUUCAAGACAGCUUUCUACAUGGCCCAUCAAAGGCUAAUGGAUGAAAAAAAUGACGUCAUCAUCCUAAUCUGCCUGGAGAAGGUACCUUGUGAUUCAAAGUACCUGAAAUUAAGGAAGAGACUGUAUAAGAGGUCUGUGCUGGAGUGGCCAACAAACCCUCAAGCCCAGCCGUACUUCUGGUUCAGCUUGAGAAGUGUAUUAGCAACGGAAAGCCACAAACAAUACAACAAUCUCUUCAAAGAGACACUGUAAAUAGAACAAUAUAAUGUAAUGCAUAGUUCCUUCUUUAUUCUAAAUGUUCUGAAUGUACCUCUGUGUAUAAAUUACACUGUGUUUUAAUCUAAGAACAAGAAUAUUCUUUGCACUCUUUGCCAUCUCCACAGAGGGUUAUAAC